AUGGUGCCUGCAAUCACUGCGAGAUAUGAUUGGAUCCUUGCUAUCACCACCAUCGCUUUCGUCUUUUCCGCGUUCGGUAACGGGGCGAAUGAUGUCGCCAACUCGUAUGCCACAUCGGUGGCCGCUCAGACAUUGACCAUGCCACAAGUCGGCUUCUUGUCUAUAAUCACUGAAUUCGUCGGAGCUGUCGCCCUGGGAGCUCGGGUUACCGACACGAUCAAGAACGGGAUUAUCAAUAUAGAUCGAUUCCAGGCGGCUGCCAACCCAGGAACCCUCAUGCUCGCCAUGGGAUGUGCUGAGGUUGGGAGCGCGACUUGGUUGAUGUUUGCAACCCGCUGGGGCCUCCCGGUAUCGACGACCCAAACUGUAGUCGGCGCUUUGGUCGGCGUGGGUUUGGCCACUCGAGCUGGCGUGACGUGGGGAUGGGAGUCUGGUUCCGUCUCGCAGGUUGCUGCCUCAUGGGUUAUUGCGCCUCUCAUUGCAUGCGCUUUCAGUGCAAUUAUUUUCGGUACGGUCAAGUACGCGGUGCUAGAGCGCGCGGACUCAUUCAAGUGGGGCAUGAGGCUGAUUCCAUGGUACUUUGCUCUCACUGCCUCUAUCCUUGCGCUUUUUAUCGUUGUCGAAGCUCCUACUGCGCCGUCCCUAGAAGAAUUCGGAGCUGGCAACGCUGCCGGCAUCGUCCUCGGUGUCUUCUUCGGCGUCCUACUCAUCUCUUACGUUUUCUUCAUUCCAUUCCUGAAGCGAAAGCUCGUCCAUAAAGAUGCUCGUCUCCGCAUCUGGCACGUCCCCCUCGGACCCCUUCUGAUGAGGGAGAAUCCACCUCUUUACUUUGCUGGAAAGGCUGAUGGAGAGUACGUCACGAACUACUACGCUGAUGCGUACGGUGAAGUCCGAGCCAAGGGCCAGGAGCUGCGACAACGAAAGGCCGGAGCUGGUAGCGACGAGGAAGCUGCGAUUGGGGAUGGCGUCGGCGAAAUACAGAAGAAUGAUAUGACUGGGGAUAGCGUACUGACAAACGCGGCAAAGGUGAACGGGGUGGAGGAGAAGACGGACACAAGCGACGAUGCCGUUGCUGAUGCUCAGCUAUCGCGCAAGCGUAGGCCCGAGCCGUACGAACGAUUCAUCGCCCCCGUCAAGGAGUUGUCCUGGGUCAAUCCGCAGAAGUACUGGGGAUACUUCAAAUUCGGCAUGCUCCAAGGUGUCACUCGAGACGUCAUCACCCACGACAGCGACAGACUCCGAGCUAUCCACGCCCGCGCAAAUCGUUAUGAUGUGCGUGUGGAGCAUAUGUGGACGUACUGCCAAGUCAUCUCGGCCAUGAUGAUGUCGAUUGCUCACGGUAGCAACGACGUUGCGAACGCUGUGGGGCCAUGGUCAGCCGUCUACCAAACCUACAGAGAGGGCGCCAUUGCGACCAAGUCUGGCACCCCAAUAUGGAUGCUCAUCGUAGCCGGUCUGCUUCUCGGCCUCGGCUUCUGGUUCUACGGUUACCAUAUCAUGCGCGCCAUGGGCAACAAGAUCACGCAAAUGAGCCCUACUCGAGGCUUCGCGACGGAGCUGGGCGCUGCUGUUACGGUCCUCCUCGCGUCUCGCUUGGGGCUUCCGGUCUCAACAACCCAAUGCCUCACAGGAGCCUUGAUCGGAACCGCUCUCAUGAACUACGACGUGAAAGCAGUUAACUGGAGACAGCUGGGCUUCAUCUUCAUGGGCUGGGUGGUGACGCUGCCAGCCGCGGGCCUUAUGGCGGGCCUGCUCUGUGUGAUGGCGUUGAACACGCCGCACUUUUGA